CUCCCGAGCCGGAGUUUUAACUUUCAUCGAAUCCAAGUCGAUUUCAAAUUCUGCUUAAACUUCCCCACCAUCGAUAUCAACCAGUCAUCAUAAACUCUUUACUUACUCACCUCGAUUACGUCUGCAUUUAUUGGCAGCUUUUUUGGCAAUAUUAUCUCGCAAAAAGAAAUCAAAAACUCAAGAAACUAUCGAUCCAUCGCUUUCUGCGCUUUCCUUCAUCCUCAGGUUCAAUUUCGGUCUUGAAGAAGAAUCAAGGCUGAUAAUCUUUUCAAGCAUCAUCAACAUCAAAUCCCUUCAACCCCGAAUGAGCAAGACCGACCGUUCAAGUUCAUUCUGCGUUUCCUCUCCUAACCCUGACACAGUCGGAGGCAGUUGUUUCUCCAGCUUAUCAAUCGAUCUCCGCUCAAGAGUUCAACUUGCUACUCAACCCAUCGAUUCAUCCCCAACAUCAAUGAAAGACUCCUUCGGACUUUCCCUCUACAUCUUCUCCGUCGGUCCACGAGCGCUGCAAGCACCAUUCUUGGCAGGUCUAGACCCUACUCCAAUCAACCGCCGACUCUAGUCUCUCCUCGCCUUCUUAUCUGGCUAGCUCGAAUUAUUCCCGGGCUUCUCAAUCACAAACAAACAUUCUGGACAACAACUAACAACCUGAGAAAUUUGCUCAAACAUUGUCUAGUCAUCUCCUAUAAAAAUGGUCGCCAUCAAGAGCCUUACGCAACUCUCCCUCUCUCGCUCCGCUUCUCAAAACUCUACUCCCCGGUCUAUGACCUCAUCGCCCUCACCUACCACGGUUCAGCCCACCGUCCCUUCUCGCUUAACUUCCAACGAGGAUUACUACCUCUCUGACGAACAAUUGGUCAUUCAUCGGCCCACGCCUCGCACCAAAUCAGCCAGUUCGAUGGCUCCUAAGAGUGACUUGAAUAUCACUUACACCACCCCUCCCAAUGUGCAGCUUUCUUGGGGUAACUCCAACGACGAACCGCAUGUCGUGGCCCCUCUGCCUGCUAAGCCAUCUUCACUGGUACCCUUGACUCGUAGGCCUCAUCACACGAUGGUAAUGGCGCCUGCGCCUACUGUGGCAUGCGGUCACACAAUCCAACCUACUCCUCACACCUCUGGAGCCCACAGGCCUCUUCUAUCAACUUUGCUAUCUGUCAGCACGAAGGCGUCUCCUAACAUCAGUCGAGCUAGUUCACCCAAGGAAGUCGCUCAUGUGGGCCCUUCGCCAUUGACCCAGGAUGCUAAAAUGCCUCUUCAACAACUAGAGGCUAGCUAUGUCAGCAAGGUCGGCACUCGAAUGAGGGACCUGGUCAACAAGGUUUUCCCGUCGGCCGUUGAGAAUGGCUUGGCCUGCAAUGGGCGCUCUGCCCCAAAGCCUACGGUCGCUUCUUCGUUUUCAGAAGCUUUGAGACAUGAGCUUACUGUUGCCAGCCGCGAUUCGUACAUCCUACGAGCUUUAUUGCGCACAGCUAUCAUCCCGGCUCUCACCAUAUAUGUGGGACGUUUAGACCCGCUACUUGUGCCCAUUGCUUCCAACCCAUCGCUACUUUUCGUUCCCAAGAAUGCGAAGGAGGUCGAUGGUUCUCUUCCACUGGAGUUGCGGUACAACAUCGAAGUCGUCAAAUCUGCCUGGGUGGUUCGCAAUUGUGUUGAUGAGAUUUGUGCUGGUGUAGGGUGGGAAGGUGAAGUCCCAAAGGUCUUAUUGGAUGGUCUCGGUCCGUUCGGUUCAAAGCUCGAUGCGAUUAUUCAACGCUUCAUGGGGCCUUACUUGAUGGAGAUCAAAAGCCAAGUUAUGUCGCGAAUCUCGCGUUUUCGGCUUAGUGAUCCUAACGGCCUUCAGUCAUCACUCAAGGUCUUGCCUCUUGCACUCGGUCGCGCCUCUGGAGUCGGCGUUUUGAGCAGCUCCUGGGGUUCACCUGCACACACCCCCGACCAUCUCAGCGAACUCACUUCGAUUCUCGAGGGCGUCCGCCGGCUCUUGAUGGUCAAGCUCGCUUGCGGACCGGAAAGUAAGAAGUGGAUGGUUAGUGUGGCUUCACAAGCUGUCUGGAAAGGCAUGUUGGCCUUUGCGGCCCGACCGGCUGUCCCAUCGUACGGUCAACCACCAUUACAGCUUCCUACCGUACAUCACGACUCUGCGUACUUGGGACUCCGAGGGGCUCGCCAUAUUCUUCGAGGCGUGAAAAGAUCACCUUCUCCUCCACUCACGCCCGAAUAUGUAAUCUACAAUGAGCUGGCAUUGGAGGUCAAAGCCUUUUCGGUAACGAUCAACCAGUUUGUGAAGGACAUCGCUGGACUAGGUCAGAACGACAAUGCCGGUGCUUCACUUACUCCAAACAGUCUCGAUUGUGUUUUUUGCACACACGGCUUCCUGGUCAAUACGGGCGACGAUGGAGAUCUGGUGCGGGACGCCAUGAAUGAAGCUCUAGAGGCUUUAUCGGCCUUUCAACUCAUUUUACUUGCACUACUUCAUCCAGCCAAGCUGUACAAUUGUCUCGAGGCCUCUGUAGCCAACAACGGCCUGUCUCUCAACAAUCACGAUCGUGGUCACAUCCCCGGUACAUCAAUCUGUUUGACCUUGACACGAGCAUUACAAGAGCUGCCGCCGUUGAUACUGUCACACGCUAUUGGAUCCCGGAUUUCUAAAAGGUCUGGAUUCAGAUUGCCUCACGAGAUUUGGGGAGAGAGUUGGAGCGAGUACGAAAGCGAGCUAAAAGGGUUUGUGGCGGCUGAGUCUUGGACCCCCGAGAUCGGCACUGAGAUGAUGAGGGAGAUUAAAAGGAUUGUCAAGCAUGACAAAGGAGAUGACACAGGAUUAACUGGUCAAGAUAAAGAAAUGAUGGGGUUGCUUGAAUAUGUUUGUAAAUUUCAAAUCGGCAUUUGAAGUAAGUUGUUAAUCGGAAGUUGAGAAACUCUUUCGUGUUCUUCAUCUGUUGAUUGUGAAGUUUUUUCCUUUUCGAAUCUUUUUUUUCUUAUUAUUGAAACACAUUUAUUUGACUUCUUGUGUGAUUGAGAAGAAGUAAAGAAUCUGUUUGAUUUGUCGUUGUUGUUUUUUUUAAUUAGAAAGUUAAAGUGUCUUGUUAUUCACUAAUUCUUUUUUUUUGCUUUCUCGAUUAGUGUUUCACAUUUUGAUUUUUGAUUUUUUUUUCUUCUCUCUCUCUCUCUUGGCAACUUAUUUAACAUCUUUUUUUAUGUCAAUUAAUUUUUUUUAUCUUUUUAUCCCUUUAUGUUCUAAAAGAAAUCAUCAUUUUAUUUUUGAAUGAAAGUAAUUUUUGAGGAAGGUAACAUAUCCUCCAUUAACAAUUGUGAAUUUACUUGAGCUUGAUCUUUUAUCUGUGCUUUGGUUCGUCUCAAAUCAUGUAUCUUGGCUAUACGAUAAGAUUCUGAGUAGUUGUAUGAUUCCUGAUAAUUAUAUAGCGUUGAGCUGUCUUGUCCUCAU